UUAGUUCGCAGUUGAGUCGCACAACGAACAUACUUCUCUUAGGCUUUGGUCAGUUAUCGUCGAUCAUGGCGUUCUAUUUUCAGUUGAUUAUUUCCAGUGGUUGAAAAAGAGUUUGAAGUAUUGAUUACACUCAGUAAUUAUAAGGUUAUAGAAGUGAUCAUAAAAAUCACAUACUUGCAACAUGACCACUUGAUCCGGGUAGAAUUUCGUCACACCAUCGUCUCAUAUGAAACAUAAUCGACGUUUCUCAACUAUACAGUUUCUUUAUUACAUACGUCAAUGAAUUUGAAAGAAAUCGUCUAUUUUCAAUAUUCAAGUCAACUUGUGACCCCUUCAAAGCUGAAGAGAUAAGAAAAACACUCAAAUAGCUCCAAAUCCCUAUAAAUAUUAGAAAUUUAUUGGAAUUUAUACUCGUGUUGUUAGUGAAAAAAUUGCUUUGACUACAUAUACACAUUCGAUUUUGAUAAAAAGGGAGCUGGAACCGCGGAUAUUCUGUUAAUGCGCAUGCAAGUUGAUUUUCAGCUGCCGAAAAAAUCUUUUUUCAAAAAAUGAAAUAUUUUCUAGAUUAAAAAUCUCACAAUUCUUAUUCAGUGCAGAGUGGGUUUCUGAAUAUGAUGAAUCGUAAAUGAAUUUUGGAACAAUUUCUCAUUCAUGGUGAUAAGGUGAACGAAGUGUGAAAAAAAGAAUUGAAAACAGAAUGAAUGAGGCAUGAUUAAACUCAACAAACAAGAAAGCAUAGUACAGAGUUUACUCGUAUGUUUUUUCUAGUGCACAAACUAAAUGAUUAUAUAGACUCUGUUGAGAGAAGUGAUAAAGCAAAUGGACGUGUGCUAAAGUUAAAUUUAAACAUAAGUAGCACACGACAAAAAACAAAAACAAAAAAAAAGAAUAAAAAACCACAAUGAUAAUAAAAUACUUGACUAAGAUGAAUGUAAUCAGCAUCGGUUUAAUCAUUACCACUACAUUGUUUGCUGGUUGUUUGAGCGAACGAGCAAAUCCACUAAAAGAUCCGCACAUUUGCGGUCGGCCUAACUGUGAGCUGGAGAAUACAAAAUUUAGUUAUUCUCCAAAUACACGCUAUCUCUACGCAUACAAUGCACACAUUCGAUCGGAGUUUAAUGGCACUGGUCAUAAUUCGUCGAAUAUUUACGUGUCCGGUACAGUGGAGCUGACUUUCCCGAAAAAAUGUGAGGGUUCCAUGAAAUUGAUCGAUGUGGAAUUAAGAGAGCGGCCCAUUGAAGAGGAAGCCAGCGGCGAAUAUAAUUCCGAUGAAUCGGUCCCAUUGAAUAAUUUACACAGUCGAUCGGCUGAAUUUGCAGACGAUGUGCAAAAAUAUAAUUUGAGAUUUUCAUUCCAUGAUGGCAUCGUUGACGAGCUGUGCCCAGAACCAGACGAACCCAAUUGGGUAAUGAAUUUCAAGCGUGGCAUCCUGUCAUCAUUUCAAAACUCAAUGAAACGCUUCGACAUCGACUACAAAUCAUGGGAAACGGAUAUAUCCGGAUCAUGUAACGUUGAAUAUGUGGUAAAUGGUGCGUCGGGCACCAGUUUGCUCAUACAAAAGCGCAAAGAUAUUACAUCGUGCAUAAAUCGUUACAAAACCAAUUCAAUUCUGCAAACGACACCCUACGACUUUAGGAAACAGUAUUCGGUGUUGCCGGUGCUACAAUCGGCGAGCUACUGCAAUAUCAUUCUCGACCAUAGUGUUUACCAAGAUGUUAGCUGCUAUGAACGUCAUCAAUUUGUGCCGUUUUCCAAUAACGGCACCGGUGCCGUAACCACAUCCAACAUUACGCUGUCACUGUUGGAGGAAAUACAGUUUGAAGUUGAAGAAUCCACCGGAUAUGAGACGGAAAAUGCGAUUAAAAAACGUGAAAAACUUUUAUUCAAUCACUAUCCAACGCCAAAGCAUACAACUGGUGAAAUUAAAAUCGCACGCAAACUUCUCGUGCAAAUGUGCCAAUUCGGGUUUCCAGACAUCAAACGACAAUUCAUUGAUGUGUAUUCGAAAUUCUUACAAAACGCUCGACAACUGUCAACCACCGCACUUCAUCAACUGUUUUCACGCGCUUCGAGCAUUUGCAACGACAAUGAUAACGGAAAGAACCAUAUUCUGGAAAGUUUACCAUACAUCGGUAGCACGGCAUCUGUCGAGAUGAUGGCACAAGAAAUCAUUAAAAAGUCCAUUAGCAAUGACAUUGCUCAAAAGUGGCUCUCAUCCAUCUCAUUUCUUCCCAGACCAGAUGAACAAAUGUUACAAGCACUGUUCACCGUUCUUAAACACGAGAUAAAGAACCGCGAGCCAAUUUUCAUACUUUCACCAACUGCCGUUGUACACACAUACUGUCGCAAUCAUCAUGACUGUGGUGAAAAUGAUGAAGUCAAGGCUUACAUCGAUUUUCUCGAAAGAAAUGCACUUGUCGAAUUGGAGAAGAAUCUGUUGGUGCGAGCAAAUCGAGAAAAGGCGAUAAUUUUGCUACGAGGCAUUGGUAACAUCGGUCUUAUGUCAAAGACAUUCCGUUACAAAAUGCGUGAAUACAUUGACAACAAUGACAUUCCGGUUGAGGUUCGAGUGAAUAUCAUAGCCGCACAUCGUCGCACCGACUGUGAAAAGAAUCGAGAUUACUUCUUGGACACUUAUCGACGCACCACAGUGAAUUCGGAAAUUCGAAUCGCCGCGUAUUUGGAAACAAUGCGAUGCCCGGAUUAUCUUACGGUUAAACAAAUCAAAUUCGUCCUUGAAAAUGAAGAAGUGAAUCAAGUCGGUUCAUUUGUUUGGUCACAUCUAAAAAACAUUGCCAAAUCCGCGUCGCCAGUUCGUGUCGCAGCGCAAGGACUUUUGGUUGAUGAUGAUUUAGGCAAGAAAUAUAAAAUGGAUUUCCGCAAAUUUUCACACAAUUUCGAACACAGUCUCUUUUUUGAUGAAUACAAUUUUGGCUUGAGUAGCGAUGCCAAUUUGAUAUUUGGCACUGAUUCAUACAUGCCACGAUCGGCUUCAUACAAUUUUACCGUCGAUUUGUUUGGCGAAUCGGUGAACAUUUUCGAGGUGUCGGCUUAUAUGCAGGGAUUUGAACACAUGGUCGAAGGUAUUUUUGGGCCAAAAGGACCAUUGUCGACCAAAGGAUUCUCGGACAAUGUCGAAGCGGUUAAAGAUUAUUUUAAAGAGAAAAUUGCUCCUAUCAAGGCCGAAACUAUUGAUAAAAUAAAUCUAAGACUACGCCGUGACGCUGACCAACAGAAGAAAUCGACAAAUAACGAUGAGCAGGAUUAUGAAUUGGAAAACGAAGACUCGGACAAGCCAAAAACUGGCACAGAUUCUCCAAAUUAUCCACAAGAUUUGCAAAACGAUGUCAAGAAGCUCAACUAUGAUAUUAAAUACAAUAUGAAUAGUCCGCGUGCUGCAUUCGGAUUGAAAAUGUUUGGCAACGACAUCAAAUACAAAACAUUAGAAGAUCUUCGUGAGGUGUACGCUCUUUUCAACGAUUUAAAUCCAAUGAAUCAAUUAAAACAAUUGCUGUCGGGCAAAGAGAUAAUUUACACAAAAUCGGGUGUAUUCCUUGAGGCAUCGUAUGAGGUGCCGUUAACAUCUGGUUUUCCAUUGGCAUUGCAUGCAUACGGAGCAUCAUCGAUUGAUUUGCGUGCAUCGGGUUCGUUGCAAGGCGAUAAUUUCUGGGAAAACCCUAAAUUUGCGAUAAAUGGUAAACUCAAGCCCAGUGUAUCAUUAGAUGUUAUCGGAUCGAUGCAGUUCGACUAUUUCUACGGAACGUUGGGUAUUCGUGUUAAAUCGAAUUUAUAUUCAAGCUCAUCGGUCGAAGCAAAACUCAAAGUGGACGGAAAAAAUUAUGUGUCACUGCAAUUUGGAUUACCACAAGAUCGAAAUGACAUUAUAAGUGCACGCAGUGAAUUGAUUGUGUUGCAACAUGAACGGGAAAUUCGGCAGCCGGGCAUUGAAAAGCGUUAUGCAAAUUCAACGUGUACAUGGCCGGGCAUCGAACGAGCCGUUGGAUUGAAAGUGUGCAGUGAUUAUAGUUUGCCGGAUGUAAGCAAAAGUGUACGGCAAUUGCCGAGUUUGUUGUUGUGCGGUCCAAUUGAUAUCGAAAUGCAUGUUGAUAAAGCUGAUGUGAGUGCGAAAACAUUUUCCAUUGAAUACAAAUGGCAUGAUGCACCGGGCGAUCGAUCAAGUGGAACAUUCAUAUUUGAAACGCCAUACACCGAAAUUUCGCGUAUAUUCACUGCAAACAUUACAAAAGAACCGGAUGAAUACAGCCUAAAAAUGAAAUUCGAAAACGGAAAGACAAUCCAUUCGGCAACGGCAUCGUACAAAAAUACCGACGAUGAAAAAUCAGUUGAAGCCAAUCUGUUGAUUGACAGCCAAAAGAGAUUCUCUCUCGAAAUGGGUUUGAAUCGAACGAUUAUCAUCCAUGGUUGGAUUUAUCAUCCACGAUUUUCAUUGGCUGUGAGUAACGAGGAAAUUGUUGGGCUAUCGGGAACGGUGAAAAAAAUCGGGAAAAAUAAAAUUAUGCAAUACGAUCCGCAAUUGGAGUUUUGGACGAAAAAAUUCAAAGCAAGAAUGACUGGGUACAUUACAACGACUGAGAGUAAAUUUUCCACCAGAUUGCUGGUGAACUACAAGUUUGAUCAGGACAAUGAACAGCUUAUCGAUUUCGAAAGUGAGAUCGAAGGACUGCACGAUGGAUAUCGAAGCAGUUUGGUUGGAAUGGCAAAAUGGAAUACGACCGCAUAUAAAAAGUAUAACUUUAAAGCAAAUAUCAAUUAUAAACGUGUUCUGAGUCACAUUGAACUGGGAUUGAAUGUUAACAAUGCCGUCGAUUUUAUGGAUCCAAAAUAUAAUCUGGGCAUUCGGUUGGCUCUCAUUAAAACCGAACCCGAUGACAGAGAAUUCAAUUCACGUACAAAUUUUACCAUCGAAGUUACCAGACCCAUAUCGAAAAUUUAUUACAAGUUCAUGGUCAAAUACAAUACAAAAAUCAAACGAGGACCUUUGCACAAUAUUAUGCUGUUGUUUCGCUAUGCGGAGAAUAAAGAAGCAACAAUUGUCGUUUCGGCUAUGCUUCCGUCCAGUUACUCACGAAAUAUUGAUUUUUACUUGAAUGUUCAAAUACCGGGCUUUAAUUCGUGUACGGCACGUUUUCAGGCAAUUGAACGAACCAAACGACUGCAGUAUGAUAUAAAAGUUCAAGGAACAUGGUUCACCGGGCAUUCUAUUGAGAUUUAUGGAAUGUAUGACGAUAAGAGCUCAACACAUGAAUCACGACAUCAACUUAAAUUGGUUAUGAAGAGUCCGCAUUUCAAUGAAACGACCAUUUUGGCACGUUAUCUACUGAAUGAAACUGCAAUGCAAAUAGAAACCAAUAUCGAUUAUGGUGCAAAUCCGUAUGGUCUCAUCAUUGGCCACAAUCAUUUUGGCUUUUACGACCAAAGUGUCUAUGGUGAAUUGAAGAUUUUAGAGAGACGCUAUUGGGUCAGUGCUCGAUUGAGCGAUGAAAACUUCCGAAAGCUAUCGAUUGAUUUACACAUUGAUCGCACACGUGAGAUUCGUUUGAUCAUCGGCGGUCAAUCAACGCCACAGAAAAAGGAAAUCGAAGUGAAAGUCUCGUGGGAUUCGAAUCGUGAUCCAACGCAAGAGCUAUUUUUGAAUGCUGAAUUCAAUACACCCACAUACAAAACGUAUGAUGGAGGUUUUACACUUUCCUAUCCAGCGCGAACGUUCAGUGGCUCGUUCGAUUUGGCUGUACCUGGUCCGACGUAUCGUGGUAACGUUAGCAUUGGUUGGCGAUCAAAUGAAACCAUUCACCUAACAUUCGACUCUGGUGCAUAUUACGAACCAAAGCGACACAUCUGGAUUGAUUUGCGGCUAAAAACUCCAUUUGUUGACUGGCAAACCAAUCAGUUCAGUGCCCAAGUGUAUCAAGCCAAAAAUCUGUUCUCGAGCAAUGCAACGAUUCUGUGGGCCGACAGUCAAAAGCUUAUUCUAGGUGCUUUGACUGACUUUGAAUUUGAUGAUCCAAACAUAAAAAUUGAAGCCAAACUGCUUGUCAACAGUACAGUGAAACAAGUGCCAACAAUCAAUGCUGCAUUUAGACAUCAUCAAGAUAAGCGUCACUACAUCACGGACGUUUCAAUUCAUCAUGCACCGCACGAUCAAAAACCAAACAUUUUCGGUAUUAAAUCCGCAUGGCAAAUACACUCGAAUGAUCUGUACAGAAAUAUAUCCGGUUCGAUAAUGAUGCAAACACCAUUGAAAGGCUAUUCAAAAGGCUCAUUAGCAACGAAAUUCUCGUUGAGUUCGGUCAAAGCACUUCGUGGUGCUGCCGAUUUCGAGCUCGAAGCCAAGAAAUUCACAUUGGCCGUUGAUGGAACAGUGAAAAAGGUCACCGAUUGCAUGCUAGUGGUGAAUAUUACCACGCCCAUUGAAAAAUACCGAAAUAUUGUCAGUCGAUUGGGAUUGGUAAAUCGUAAGCGUCAUUUUGUCGCUGAAGUUCGUGCUCCAGGUGGAGCACUUGGCAUUGAGUGUAAAUUCAAUGUUGAAUCAAUGAGCCGAUUUAAUGUGAUUUUCAAUUUGGAAGCGCCGAUUAUUUUCAGUUUGGACACACCAAUCGAAAGUUUUAAGAAAAUUAUGCUCAUCGCAAAACUGCGACCAGACAUGGUGGAUUUCAGGGGCGGAUUCAAUAAAUUUGUUCUGGGUUAUGUUGGUGUAUCGCGGAAAACAUCACUCGAAGACUUUGAAUACUCGUGGAAAGUGUACACACCGUUAGAUCACUUUGAAGAGAGCAGUUUGGUGAUAAAAUUCAUUCGAAAACAAAUCUUUGAUAUGGAAGUCAUGUUGAAAUUCGCACAAAAGAAAUUGGGAAUCAUUGUGAAUGGGAAAUCAAAGGAGAAAUUGAUCAAUUUACCAAAAGUUGAGCAUUCGUUACCAUUUAAGUCGAAGUUGUCUGAGGAUUUUGAUAAAUUUUUGAGAUAUUUUGUAGACGAAGAAGAUUCAAGCGAAGAUGUUAGUUUACAUCAAGAAGAGGUGGAUAGUGAAAGUGGUGAAUGGAGUUUAUUGGGUCAAAUGGAAUUGAAUACAAUCAUUUGGCCGACAAUUUCUGGAUUUUUGGAUGUUGACGACAUUGAUGAAGAGUACUAUGUAAUUCGUAGUACAUUGAAUCUGCCGGUGGGAAAUAUUAUUGUGAAUGAUCUGUUGUAUUUCCCCGAUUAUAUGCAUGUACACAAUUCACUACAACUUGCCACACCGUUCGACGCCUACAAAGAAGUUGAAUUGCUCUACCUGCACUGUGCAAAACUCGGCCAUUUCUACGUAUCAGCUUUGGAAUUAUUCUAUAAAAACGGUACAAAUUGGACUGAAUUGGGAUUCAAUUCAAAUUACACCAAAGUCAUGGAUGUCGAUUUCAAAUCCCAUGACAUCGCACUGAAUUUGUUCUUACCGUUCGAAACGUUGCCGCGUGUGAUGUUGGCAGGUGGUAUUGAGAUCGCUGAAUCAACGUACAAAGCAAACAUUUCCGGUCGUACAUUAAACACGGCCAUGUCAUUGGCAGCUGAUUUGGAAUUCGACACGAAUUUCAUUGAUCUCAAAGCUGGAUUAGCGUUAGCCUCACUCGCUAUACCGCACUAUGAGCUGAAAGUAGUUUACAAACAAGAUCUUUCCGAUACGGAAAACAUACUGAUUUUUGCCUUCGAUGAAAAUUACAACGAUCACUCUUUCUGUCGCAUCGAAAGCACCUGGCAAACUGAGCAGAAUUAUAUAAAACUCCACAGCAAAGCAUCCACAAAUGCAUUCCCGAUCACACUCAUGGAAACAUCCAUCGUUUUGAAUCGAUCAUCAAAUUUUGUGGCUCUACUUGACCUCAACAUGAACACGUUGUCGAAACGAGGCGUUGCAUUUCAUGUGAGUGCAAAGAAACGUGGCGAUCGUGUUGCUUUCGAACUGGCCACACCAAUACCAAAUUUGGCCAAUGUUACAUCGUCGGUAAUUUUGCGACGCAUCCCAAGGCAAAAUGUUUAUUUGGUAUCGGGCAGAUUGACACGGAACCGUGAAAUUUACAAUGUAAAUGGCACUGCUGAAUUCCAAUCCAACGUUCCAAUCAGCUUGGACUUGCGUUUGCGGCCCGUUGCACGGAAUACAGUCACAUUUGUGUCAUACUCAUUGAACCAAAACAUCAACGAUCACCAAAAAACGGUCAACAUUCGCAUAUCUGAGUUUGAUAAAUUCUUCGAAGUGAACAGCGUCAUCUCAAUCUUCAGCAAGGUCAAUUGGAAUAUUUUAACGACAAUCGAUACAUCACCCGGUUUUCUCUCAAAAUCACAGAAUAUGAACCAUUGUACAUUCAAACAAUCCGUGAAACCCGAUAACGACGACAAAUUCACUGGUGAAUUUUCUAUAGUAACACCGUGGCGUUCAUUUGGAAUCGAUAAUCUCAGUAUCAACGGAACCGCUUUGAUGAAGCCCCAUUCAGGAUUUGUGAAUCUGUUCUAUGAUUUUAGCUUGGGCCAUGGCCAAAUUCAUUCGUCGUGGACAUUCGUGCUGCUGGAGAAUAUGCAAGCACUAUUCGAUUUUCGAUCGGAAAAUGAACUUGGAACGCGAACACUUAAAGUCGGAAUGAAGUAUGGAAAUCCAGGCAAAACCAAUCAACGUUUGAACUUUGGCGGUAAUCUGGAUGUCGAUUCAAAGGUUAACCUCGAAACAAACUGCUCGAUUAUGCUAAUUAGCAAGACUGAUCGGAGUGGAAGCUUUUCUGUUCGAUUACCAGCCCCAAUGGAUGAUGUGCACCGAUUUACCGGACGAUUCGGAGGUGAAAUUUUAUCCACACCCAUUCAGGAUGUUAUCAUUGAAACGAGAUACGAGUCAGAUAAGGAAAGAAAACGUUUUGUAAGCAGGGCCCAGUACAGAGAUUUAACCGAUUUACAAACAUUGUUGCAUGCUCAGUGGGGAACAGACACAGUAAAUAAGACAUUCGAAACGAAUUUACAAAUGCUUCGCAAGGGAAUUCGACGUGAAGUAUCGGCCAGAGUGAAAACGCCAUAUUUCAAAGAGGAAACAAUUCGCGCCAGUGGAUUCUAUGAAAAUGACCAGACUCAACAGGUUUUAGAUGCGAAUGUGAGAUUCCCAUCGAGUCGUGAAAUUGCCAGCACACACAUUGAAUUCAAUAGCAUGUCUAACGUCAGAGGAUUUGUGAAAUGUGUAACACCAUUCCCGAAUGUUACUUGGUUGCGAACGGAUUUGAACUACACAACUCAAGCUGGAUUCUCGCGCAAAUACAUCAAAUCUGCAUGGCCGUCCGAUUUUGCCUACUUUGAUAUGCAAAGUACAUUCGAUUCGCAUAGUUUGGAUCGAAAUCAUCAAGGUAAAAUCGAUAUGGAAGUGCCAUUGGAAUCUCGUCACACUGCUGCCAUCGUGUACGAUCUUAAAGAGCGUCAAACAUUGACCACGGGGCAUUGUAAUGUAAUUUACAACUCAGAUAAGGUUCUCGAUGGAACAUACAAAUGCAAAGCCGAGUCACGUGCUGGUUUCUCAAAAGAAAUAACCGAAAUUGCAUUGGACAAUGACUACUAUCCAGCUGGAAUAACGUAUGUGCAUCAAAUGGAGUAUAAUGUAGCCGAAUCUCCAUACUUUGACAUGAAACGUGCCGAAUUAUACGAGCUAAAAAACAGUACACGUUUUAAUAUCACCGGUGAAUUGCAUGUGCGAACAACGGAAACGGGGCAAGCGUAUAAAAUUGUUGCAAUCCAUCCGAAUCGAACGGUUUCGAUUACAUCAGACUACGAUGCACACGACACGACCGUAAACCAAAAGUUGAAAUUGGCAUUGUCGUCGGAUUUGUGGAUUGCAUAUGAUUUCAAGUUGACAAAUCUAACGACAUCAUCGAUGGAUUCGCAAGAGUUUAGUGUGGAAUUGCAAUAUCCGAAACGAAAUCUAUCGACCAGUGGAUGGUACUCAAUAACUGAUGAAGUGUUUGAUUCGGAUUUGGCAUUUAAAUGGACGAAAGUAAAGAAAGUUCAGGUAGACACGUAUGAUGAUUAUGGCUAUGAUCAAUCGUCCGAAGAAACAGACGACAAUGAGGCAAUGUAUGAGAACGAAGAGAAGGUCAUAAAAGCGGCAUUGACUUGGCGCAACGAACCCUUGGCAUCGAACGAUAAAAGCAACCAGUCAGUUUUGCUUGUUAUCAAGCAUCCAUCGUUUAAAAAAGACGUCACAUUCAAUGCAAAUUAUUAUCGAAAUAAUAUCAAUUUGAUUCACGGUAAAUUGAUUGUCGACUAUCACGAAGAUCCAGAACAUUUACUAACACUUGAGGGUGGCAUUAUGGAUUCCACGCAAGUGAUGAAACAUCGAAAUUAUUCAAUUCAUGUGCUUGGUUUGCAUGAACUAUCGAAAUUCGAUCUGUAUGCAUUGGGCUCAGUUGCAGCCAAUUUCGGUGUUUAUUCAACGAAGAACUUUGGCCGAUAUAAACGUGGCUAUUUACCAUUGCAAGAAGGUCUGUUGAAUGCCGGCGUUGAUUUUCCGCACAAUGACUUCCAUUAUCACAAAGAAACACCACACAAAACAUUCUAUGUUUGGACCAGAGCUGAUGGCGCUUAUCCCGUUUAUCGUGUAAAUGGAACAUAUGAGGAUAGCCCAGAUGUGAACACAACCGCUGAAUUCUUUAUCAACAUUGAUGAUCGACUUGUAAAGUUGGACGCAAACUUCACACCUGAUGCAUCACAGAAUUUACGUAUGCUCGGAAUAAUACCAGAUGCAAGAAGCGCCUCUUUCGAUUUAUGGCGUGAUUAUGAAGACAUUCGAAUCGUUGACAUUGCCUAUUAUUUACGUAUGAAUCAUUCACGAUUGAUAACGAGUCAGCUGAUUUGGCGACCGAAAUUAAGAGCAGAACUCAAGGAUGGUUUCAGAAAACUCUCAACACAGAUGUACGAUUCAUUCUCCGAAAAUGUCGAUUUUUGGGUCAAAUCCCUAUAUUCGGAAGCAAAUGAAACAGUCAAUGAUAUUUGGUCGAAUGCACGUCCAUUUGCCGAUGAAUUUUUGGAGGAUAUAAGUGGCUUAAGCGUAAUCGGCGAGGAUAUCGAAGAGUUCCGAAAGUUGUUGAAUCAAUCGUAUGAAGCGAAUGACUUUUACAUCAAAACCAUGGUUAAUUUCACACUCACUGUUCUCGAUGAGUUGGCCAUUCGUAAUCACAUUGGAUCCGUACCGAAGAUUUUGAAAGAAAUCUGGCAAGUUCUUGGUGACUCAGGCGUCGCUUUGCGAAAGAGUAUCUUAUGGCUGAUCGAAACGAUCAAAACAACAUACAAAAAUACCAUCGAUACAUUGAAUCGAAUUUUCCAUGGCGAGGCAAUGAGCUAUGUGUCUUCCGUGGUUGAAAAGGCGAUAUACAAAUACGAUCGUUUCAUAAAAGAUUUGCAUUUAUCGUUCAUCAAGUAUGUGGAAAAUAUUUGGAAUAGUUUCAGUACUACGUUGAUGAAUUACUGGCGCGGCAUGUUGGAGCGUAUUCAACCGAUGGUGAUGCGUUUUGUUCAUUAUGCUGAAGCUCUCGUGUGGAACAUUAGUUCGGAGAUUUUCGAAUUUUUACACAAAAACACAAAUGAUUUGGUAAAAUCGCCAUAUUUCGAUACAGUUUCGGAGUUUAUGCGUGAUUUGGACACAGUUUAUCGCGACAUUCAGGACAACGAUGCAAUCACUAAUAUCAGAAAGUAUUCAGCACUUGCAUCGGCCUUUUUGCGCGAAAAAUACUUCAAAGUCGUUCCAUUCGGAAAAGAAUUGCAAAAAUUGUUGAACGAACUGGUGGACGAGAUAAAACAAUUGCGUAAACUGGAGUUGGUUCAAUUUGUCAUCAAUCGAAUUGACGAAUGGGAGGCGAAAUUCACGUGGUUUGCCGAAGAAUUCCAAUUGGACAAGCGAAUGCAUCAAUUGUGGCAGAUAAUCGUAAACAAAAUCACUGCUUACGAACAGACUGCUCUGGAGAUGGACGACAAGUAUCGCGAGGCCAAGACAAAUUUCGUAUUCGAUCCGGAAACUGGUCUUAUGAAACUUGAGCAAAAAUUGCCAAUGUCAUGGCACGCCUUCAACGAGACACCGAUUUUCGAGGAAAUUUCCGAACUGCAAAUGUUGACCAAAACAUUCCGCAUCUUCAACGGAGUGAAUGUUUCGCUGUUUUCAAUCGAUUUACUCGAAUACUACACGAAUCCGUAUGUAUGGCUACCACCCUUCAAAGCACGUUCGCUCAUGAUUGGAUCAAGACAUUACAUCACGUUUGACAAACGAUUCAUUUCACUCAACCACCAAUAUGGAUACAUUGAAAAUGGCCAAAAGCCAGAUAAAUGCUCGUAUGUGCUGGCCAACGACUUUGUUGAUUUCAAUUUUACGUUGACGCAAGAGCCAUCGAUAGCUGUUUACAAUGACAAACUUUUAUCGACACGCAAACUGGCAAUUGUAAGCGACGGGAAUAUCAUUGAAAUCGACUUGAUCGGAGCAACGGUGCAGAUAAAUAGAAACUCAACCACGGCACUGCCUAUUCAAGUUGGAGACACAAUCAUUUAUCGUGACUGGGAUAUUUUGGUGAUUCGAUCAAGAAACGGAUUCGAACUGAAUUGUAAUCUUCAAUUUGAUUUUUGUUGGUUUGAAACCAGCGGAUGGUACUACGGUAAAACGGCGGGCAUCAUGGGUACAGUGAAUAAUGAAAUCUACGACGAUUUCUUGACGUCUAAGCAUGUAAUCACGAAGGAUGCCAACGAAUUUAGACAGAGCUGGGCACUAAAUCAUGGUGGUCAAGUGGAUAGGUGCAAGCAUGAAUUGAACGAUAAUAAACACAUAAUUUCGAAUGAACUGUUGAACAUUUGCGACACUUAUUUCCUGAGCAAAGUAUCACCAUUCGCCAAUUGCUAUCCAACGGUCGAUUCACGACCUUUCUAUGACAUGUGCUUGGAUAUGGGAUCAAAUUCAAUAACCAAUUUCACACACAAUGAACAUCCAGCUCAGAAGGGUGCUUGUGCCGUUGCUUUGGCAUACAUGGAAAGUUGCGCAGAUGAAACGCUUCCGUUGAGAAUCCCCGAAAUUUGUUUGCACUGUAAUUUGAUCAAUGGAUCAUACGUAGCCGAAGGAAACAUUUUUGAACUGUCAGGUGCUGAUGUACCGAAAACCACCGACGUCGUAUUCAUCGUUGAAGCGAAGAUAUGCAACCAAAAUCUACCAGUCAACAAAAAUAUACCAACCAUCAUUGCAGCUUUGGAGAAGGCCUUCGGUGAAGUUGGUCUAUCAAAUGCUAGAUAUGCGGUAGUAGCAUUUGGAGGAAGUGCACCAUUUGAAAAUGCCCAUAGUAUCGUGUACAACAAUGACAUUUUUGCCGAUAGUCACCAAAUUCGACAUCACUUCGAUCAUAUCAAAACGGGCAACAGUAACAGUAGCGAUAUAUCUCGUGCCAUUAAAGUGGCCUCAGAGCUAGUGUUUCGACCAGGCGCUUCCAAGACAUUCAUUCUGAUGCCAUGUUCCAAUUGCAAUGUCUCUGGCAUGCACUUCGACUACUCAUCAGUUUUGCAAUUCCUGUGGGAGCACAACAUCAACCUGCACAUAUUCAUGAACGGUAAUUUUGAAACGAAGAAGCCGCGUAAUGAGAACAAAAUCUUUGGAUUUGACAAUGGCCAUGCGUACACCAAUAACUACCUCAAAGAUUCAACGGGCAGCAAGGAAUUACGCGCCGAAAUCAUUUUGCCAAAGAACAUGCUUGGAUUUUGUAUGGUUUGGGCGCUGGAAACGAACGGCACUAUCUUUACAGCCAAUAAAAUGAAGCUAAAUUCACGAACGCCAAUCAAGAAAUUCUCGGCCGUGUUUGCAAAACGUGUUGCCAAAUCCGCUAUUCCAUCGUCAUGUCAAACGUGUGAAUGUACGGGUGAAAAUAAUGGCAUCGCUUAUGUUACAUGCACGAGCUGUGAUUUCCCAAAUGCCUUCGAAGAGGAAGACAUUAACACCAUAUUUGAUGAAGACGAUUUAUUGGAAGACGAUGACGAAAAUAGUGAUGAAUAAGAUUUUUAACGUUUAAGCUCGGAAAAUCUAUAAGAAUUUAUGAUAUCAAUUUAAUAAAAAUAAUUAAAAUUUAAACAAAAAAUAAAAAUAUUUGAAAAAAAUAAUCAAAAA